CAACGCGUUCCAGUAAGGUUCAGUCAGUGUUGAGCGCGCGGCGAGCGCGAAUGGGUCGUCUAAUUCGCCGUCGCUCUGAGUUACAAACUUGGUGUAGCGAAGACUCGCUCGAGAAAUCGACAAACAGUUCGAAACGGAAUCGGAAGUAAAAUCGCGCGGAGUCGAUCGAUGAAUAUAUUCGUCGCAAAGUGAAGGAAGCGAAGGUUUAUUGUACAUCAAUUGAAUUAUCAAUAAAAUAAUCAAAGUGACAGUGAGAGUGUUGUAUCAGUUCGGCACAGUGUGCGAUAGCCGUGUGCGAACCACCCCUAUGAGACAUGGGCCGCUAUAUUUUCUUGUGACGCACAGUGUCGCUCAGAGUAUCAAACCACCUGGUUUCCAUUCAGUUUUGGUUCAGAUAAUUUUUUGAGCAACCGUUACACGAUGCCCUUGGAGUGCCGGAUCGCAUGGAAGUUCAGUGCUAGUGUGGUGGUGCUAUGUUUGUUACUCCUCUCGUCGAAGGUGCGGGCAACUUGCCAUUGGGCCUCCGAUGGAAACGAGACUCGAUCGGCCGUUUGCGCGCUCCGGAUUCUCGAUCCUCCUACCCUCGGUACUCUUCUACCGGCCCUCGACGGAGCCCUGAAGCUCAGGCUCACCUGCAGCGACGUCCACCUAUUCGAAAGCCUUAUAUCGAGCGAGAGCUGGCAUCGUUUGAACGGACUUCACGAGCUCCACGUAGACGGAUGUAAAUUAUUACGGGUUCCGGUGUCCGCGUUUCAGCCUCUUGCCGAACUGAAGAGGCUCACUCUACAGACUUUCAACACCGAAUGGGGCGCUGGUCGCACCCUCGAGCUCGUCCCGGGCGCACUGGCCGGUCUCAGGGAACUCCAAACACUCGAGAUCGUCGACAGCAACCUCCGCGUAUUACCGCCAAAUGUUUUGUGCGAGCUCGGUAAUCUCCAGAUUCUCAAUUUGACCGGCAAUCAUCUUCGAGAGAUAAGCGAAGUCGGGCUUGCCGAUAGUCGAGCAAAUCGUGCCAAAUGCCAUGCGGACAUACGAGCGUUGGAUUUGUCUCAUAAUGAAAUACGAAGUCUACCCGAGGAAAGCCCUUUAUCCGGAUUAAGACAACUUCAGGAAUUGCAUCUCCAGCACAAUUCCAUCGUCGAAAUAGCGAGCGACGCUCUCACCGGACUUACCAGCCUCAGAGUCUUCAACGUCAGCUACAACGCUCUAGGAUCAUUGCCAGAGGCAAUUUUCGCAAGCACGCGAGACCUCCGGGAGGUUCAUCUACAGCACAACGAACUCCGCGAUCUGCCGAGGGGUACGUUCACUCGGCUAGAACAACUUCUGGUGCUGAAUUUGGCAGCCAAUAAAUUGGGCAGCGAUCGGGUCGAUGAAACUACAUUUCUCGGACUGAUACGUUUGAUAGUCCUCGAUCUAUCGCACAACGGUCUGACCCGCAUCGACGCCCGUAUGUUCAAGGAUUUAUUUUUCCUUCAAAUCCUCGACCUUCGGAAUAACUCUAUCGGCCAUAUCGAGAGCAACGCAUUUCUACCACUCUACAAUCUGCACACAUUGGAACUCUCGGAAAAUCGGUUACACUCCAUAGGACCCCAGCUGUUCAAUGGACUCUUCGUACUCAGCCGACUCACUCUAUCCGGCAACAUGAUAGUCUCCGUGGAUCCGAUGGCCUUUCGAAACUGCUCCGAUCUCAAGGAGCUCGAUCUCAGCGGGAAUGCACUCACCGCCGUUCCGGAGGCUCUCAGAGAUCUCGCCUUUCUCAAAACCCUCGACCUGGGCGAAAAUCAAAUUACCGAAUUUCGUAACGGCUCAUUUCGAAAUCUCCAUCAGCUUACCGGGCUCCGUUUGAUAAGCAAUAGCAUUGGAAAUCUGACUCGAGGGAUGCUGUGGGAUCUACCAAAUCUGCAAAUACUGAAUCUUGCUAGGAAUAAAGUGCAGCAUGUAGAGCUGGAUGCCUUCGAGCGUAAUACCAAGCUCGAAGCAAUCCGGCUCGACGGUAACUUCCUCUCCGAUAUAAAUGGAGUCUUCACGAGCAUCGCGAGUCUUCUGCUGCUCAAUCUAUCAGAGAACCACAUAGAGUGGUUUGAUUACGCGUUCAUACCGAACAAUCUCAAAUGGCUCGAUGUUCAUGGAAAUUUCAUCGAGAGUCUUGGAAAUUACUACGGGAUAAGUGAUCUUAAAGUGCUAACUCUGGACGCUAGUCAUAAUCGAAUUACCGAAUUGUCGCCACUCGCCAUACCGGAUAGUGUGGAACUUCUGUUCAUAAACAACAACUACAUAAAUCUUGUGCGCGCCAAUACAUUUACAGCAAAAGUGAAUCUCACACGUGCAGAUAUGUACGCGAACAUGAUCGAGACCAUGGAAUUGACGGCCUUGCGCCUGACCCCAGUGCCCGAGGGAAAGGCGCUCCCGGAGUUCUACAUCGGUGGAAAUCCGUUCAACUGCAAUUGUUCGAUGGACUGGCUACCGGUGAUAAAUAAUAUGACCGCACUUCGGCAACAUCCGCGAGUGAUGGACUUGGAUAAUGCUAUGUGUCGGAUCUCCGGUCCUAGAGGAACCGCAAUCGUACCUGCCUCAGAAGCUAGACCCGAACAAUUUUUGUGCCGUUACGAGGCUCACUGUUUCGCCUUGUGCCAUUGCUGUGACUUCGAUGCUUGUGAUUGUGAAAUGACAUGCCCCUCAGACUGUAAGUGCUACCACGAUCAGACGUGGAACACAAAUGUUGUGGACUGCUCGGGGUUAGGUGCUCCGGAAAUUCCGCGUCGCAUACCGAUGGAUGCUACGGAAGUUUAUCUCGACGGCAAUGAUUUGAAGGAAUUGCAGAAUCAUGUAUUCAUCGGGCGCAAGAACAUGAGAGUGUUGUACGUCAAUGGUAGCGGAAUAGAGUCUAUUCAAAAUCGUACGUUCAACGGUCUGAACAACCUCCAGAUACUUCACCUCGAAGACAAUAAGAUACACGAUCUAAAGGGUUUCGAAUUCGAGCACCUCUCCCAUCUGCGAGAACUGUAUCUUCAGAAUAACCUGAUUGGUUUCAUCAGCAAUGUCACUUUGGCGCCGGUUCGUUCCCUCGAGAUAUUGAGACUCGACGGGAACAGGCUGGUGACGUUCCCCGUGUGGCAACUCACCCUGAACGUUCGUCUGACCGAGCUCUCUCUAGGGAGCAACCCGUGGUCAUGCCGAUGCAAGUUCUUGCAGGAGCUGACGACUUGGGUAUCCGACAACGCGCACAAGGUCGUGGAUUCCAACGACGUAUGGUGCGACAACAACGAAACACGGCCGGCUUAUCGCCGUCGUCUUGACGUAAACGAGACCGCAUGUUCCGAUUACUUUGCUCAAGGUGGUGUAAUCGAGAGUAUCAUGGUCUCGGACUAUCUCCCGAUGGUCGCUGCUACUUUAUCCGCUGUUCUCCUUCUUCUCGUCAUUACCGUUCUUGCCUUCAUAUUCCGCGAGCCCGUGCGAACGUGGGCUUUUUCGAGAUACGGUAUACGUUUAUGGGCUAAGGCUGUACCUCCGGAUGACCGAGAACGACUUUACGACGGAUACCUGUGUUACAGUCCAAAAGAUGAAGAUUUCGUGCUACGUUCCCUCGUGGCUGAGUUGGAGCAUGGCGCCGGGGCGGGAGGUGGUGAUUUACGGCUGUGCCUCCACCACCGAGAUCUUCCUUGUUUAAGAGCAGCGGCUCCUGUAGUCCUGGAGGCCGCCGAAGCAUCUCGACGGAUGUUGAUAGUUCUGACGAGAAAUUUCCUCCAGACGGAAUGGUCGAGAUUCGAGUUCCGUGCCGCGGUUCACGAAGCACUUCGAGGACGUCUCGGUCAGUUGGUAGUAAUUCAGGCUGGUCCGGUAGCGCCAGAAGCCGAAGCGGAUCCGGAGUUGAGGCCGUACUUGAGAACGGCUGUACGACUUCGUUGGGGAGAAAAAAGGUUUUGGGAAAGGCUAAGAUUUGCGAUGCCCGCGGGUGACGCUCUCCGCCGCAAGCCAUCUUCGUUGUACAGGCGUAACGUGAAUACUUAUACCUUGGAGGGAAGGCCGGAAAAAGGAACACCUACGCUUCGGGUGCACGGGCACAUAGCCGGUCACCAUCAUCACCCCUUGUUCAAGGAUACCCCCGAACUUCUUCAAGCGCCACCUGCUUAUUCGAGUACGGCAACUCUGAGCCAAAAUAAUGGACGCAUUGAAAUUGGUGGUAGGGAAACGCCGGGUAGUACCGCGAGUCCAAGUCCCAGGUUGAUCGUGAAUCAUGCGUACCAGGAGAGUGGUAUGGAGGGUGGUAACGCGGGGAGGAGACCCCUGUCCGAGCACAUUUAUUCUUCGAUCGACUCGGACUACUCGACCCUCGAGAGAAAUGCGUGGCGGCAACAACAGCCACCUCCUCCAGGGCACGCAUACCUUGUGUAAUUCGCUUUUCCUCUUGUCCCCUUAAAUUCGCGACUUGAUCUGAGACAUGAUCUGCCGCUCGCCUACCACUCCGCCUGCUGCUCGAGUUUGUAUUCAUAAUACUAAUGAUUACGAUGAUAUUAAUCAUAUGAAUAGUAAUAAUAACGAUGCUGAUCACUACGUUAAUAAUAACAGUACUUUUAAUAAUUCUCGUAAAAAAAAAAAAAAUAAUAAUUGUCACUGUAAUCUACGUACAUAAUAACCGAUGUAUAUGACAAAUAUACAUAUAGGUGCUCCCUUUAUCGCUGUGACUGCUGCAGUGCUGCAUUUUAUAAAACUACCACUGGCCUACCUCGCCAAUGACUGAUUAAUUGAUUAAAUACUUAAUUUUAUGCUUGAUGAAAAUGGUUACGUGAUUGCCUAUAAUAAACGCUCGUGACAAGGCUGUAAAUAUUUACUUAUACAUACAAUAUGUGUAUGUACACGAGUAUGUAUACUUAUAUAUAUAUAUAUAUAUAUAUAUAUAUAUAUAUACAUAAAUAUCAAAUAUUAAAUGUGUAUAAAUUGGAAUUAAAUGAAAUGAAUUGGAUUGAAUCGGAGCGUCAAGCUUGGAGCAGACGAUGCGAGGUGCGUAGAGCGUAGUCUUAGGUUUCUGAAUUUAGGUAGGUAAUUUUUUGUAAUUUUAUAUGAUUGAGAGCGAAGCCUGUUGUACGAUAUGUAAAUAUGUAAUAUCGCCUCGUGUAAGAUAUACUCACCGUAAAGUUAAUUAAUAAAACAUACCUAUCAUUAUAUAUUAUAUAUAUAUAUAUAUAAUAUACAAUAUAUAUAUGUACGUAUAUGUAUUGUAUAUCGACUAUACUAUGAUUAUUUAAAUUGUGUGAAUAAAUUUAUAACUUAUGUUAACAUUUGAAUUGAAAUCGAAACGGUAAUGUCAACUUAUUAUUAUUCGUAUUUCUCCUCAUCCACGAUGAUCGGUACCGCGAUCAAUGAAGUUUUUCUUAUUAUUUUAAUUUGAAUUAUUUAUUUGCCGUUAUAUCAGCCAAAGUACAUCGACGGACUCGUUUUCGUUAUUAUUUUUCUUCCGAUAAAUCAAUAAUAAAAGAGUCCUCGUUACUUUACUUGCAAACUUGCUAAAGUUAAGUUUUACUUCGUUUCUGACAAUAAAUUCAAUUUUGUCAAUUUAA